GACCUGCUGACGUUUGUUAGGAUGUUAUACAGAUCAGCUUUGUCUGCUAGCGGCACCCUCACUCACACACUCAUUUAAACUCACAGCUCCGUUUCAUUUUCACAGGCCUGCUCAGUUAUGAACAUGACGCCGUUUUUAACGAGUUUUAUUUAUCUGGCGUUGUUAUGCAGUUGGAUAAGCUGUGAUAAUGAUACAGAAGAGGAUGAGCACGCCAAACACACAUACACGGUGGAGAUGUUUAAUGAUGCCGUCUCUACUGCUCCACACUUCGUCAUGUUCUACGCGCCCUGGUGUGGUCAUUGUCAGAGGCUGCAGGGUACGUGGAAUGAGCUGGCAGAGAAAUAUAACAAUAUGGAGGAUCCACCAGUGUAUGUUGUGAAAGUCGACUGCACAAAAGACACUAAGUUUUGCUCCAGUGAACAUGGGAUCCGUGGAUACCCAACUCUGAAGCUGUUUAAACCUGAGCAGGAGGCUGUGAAGUACCAGGGCCCAAGAGACCUGCAGGCCCUGGAGAGCUGGAUGCUGAAAACCCUGCAGGAGGAACCUGAAGAGCCCCAGAGUGAACCUGAGCCACCCAAAGUUCCUGAACCCAAACAGGGCCUGUAUGAACUCACAGCCACAAACUUCAAAUCACACAUCUCUAAAGGUUCUCACUUUGUGAAGUUUUAUGCACCGUGGUGUGGGCACUGCAAAGCCAUGGCUCCAACAUGGGAACAGCUCGCCACCAGCUUUGAGCAUUCAGACAGCAUCAAGAUCGGCAAGGUGGAUUGCACACAGCAUUAUGAAGUGUGUUCAGAAAAUCAGGUUCGUGGUUAUCCCACGUUGCUGUUCUUCAGUGAUGGAGAGAAGAUCGAUCAGUACAGAGGGAAGCGCGAUCUGGACUCGUUUAAAGAGUUUGUGGAUAAUCACGUGAAAGCUGCUGAAUCUAAAGAUGAACCUGUGAUUGAGAAGGAGCAUGCUCAUGAAAUCCCACCCAGCGCUGAACCUGAUGAACAAGAGUCUAAUGUUCUGGUCUUGACUGAGAGCAACUUUGAUGAGACAGUUGCCAAAGGACUCUCCUUCAUCAAGUUCUAUGCCCCAUGGUGCGGUCACUGCAAGAACCUGGCCCCUACCUGGGAGGAUCUAUCUAAAAAGGAGUUUCCUGGUCUGACUGAUGUGAAGAUUGCUAAAGUGGACUGCACAGUGGAGAGAACACUCUGCAACAGAUUCUCUGUGCGCGGAUACCCAACACUCCUGAUGUUCCGGGCGGGGGAACAGGGGGAGGAGCAUAAUGGAGGGCGGGACUUAGAGAGCUUACACAGUUUUGUCAUGAAGCAAGCAAGAGAUGAGCUGUAACUCCUCCCUCAUUUUCCAUCACACAGUUCCUCUACAAGACAACACUAGUAUCUACAUUUACUAUACUGUCAGAAGGACUGCUUUUUCUUCAUUUCUGUCCCACACCUGCUGAAGUGAGGACAAUCUUCCACAUGAUAAAAUAUGAAUGUACAUUAUUUCAUUUCAACCAGUUGAUGAGAUUAUUAGUAAAUACAACCAUACACCUUUGAUUUUGCCCUUCCUCUUUGAAAGUAACAGUUGUGCAUAAGAGAAAAUGACACCUCAUUUCAGAUCAUUACAUUGUUUUAGGUGCAUAUUUUGUCAAUUAUAUGAGGAAAUUCAGCUUAGUUUAUGAAUAUCUACUAAGACUAAACAAAUUACCUCAGGGAGACCAUCUAAAGAAAAGAAUGACAUGUACCUGUUGUCUUUUCCCUUUUUCUCAAUUCAAUGUAAAAUACUAUGAUACAAACAGCACUUUGAACCCUGUACAUGGUCUUUCAGUUGGAGUUUCAAUGUGUUUUUGUUGUGAUCUUGUGAAUUGGUUGUACUGUUCAGAGGUUAAAGUAAAAUAAACCAGACUAAGGUAGUUUAUUAGACCAGUUGGGAGACCAGCUUAAAUCAGCCAAGAUCAAGCUGGUUUGGAUGGUUGGCCAUCAAACCUGGCCAGUCUUACCAGCUUGAUGACCAGCAAACCAGCCUUGUUUAAGCUGUUUUCCUCAGAAAGGUGGCCAUUUGCUUAACUACUUUGGUUAAUUUUGUCUUCUAAAUCUUUUUAGUGCUCUCAGAGGCAUGUGGGUUAGACACAUUUCUAGAUAAGUUCCCAUUUAUAUAAAGCAUUUUUGGUAAUUUUCUAACUGAUCAGAAAAGUGAAGCAAUGCAGAAUAGAUAAUAUUUGUUGUAUAGUGACAGUUUAUGGAAAAAUGGUUUAAUUUGAAUUACAGUACAGGUUGUGAACGGUAAAGUUGCGGUACAGUAAAAAUGUUUUUUUUUUUUUUUUCUUAGAAAAGUUUGUUCUGCAGAUGUAUAUGGAAGCUUGUUUCUGCCACUGAAUAAAAAAAAUAAUUGUGACUUUUUUUCUCACAAUUGCGAGUUAACAUCUCACAAUUCUGACUUUUUUCCCUCAGAAUUACGUGAUAUAAAGUCACAAUUGCGAGUUAUGUCAGAAUUGUGAUAUAAACACGCAAUUGCGAGUUAUGAAGAACAAUUCUGAGGGGGAAAAAAGAUUGAAAAAUAUAAAAAAAAAAUAUAGAAAAUGAUACAAAAAUUUAAAAGAUAAUUGCAACUUUUUUUUUUUCUCAAUUGCGAGUUUAUAUCUCACAAUUCUGACUUUAUAGCUCACUUUUGCUUGUUAUAAAGCCAGAAUUGUGAGAUAUAAACUGUCUGAAUUGUGUGAAGUCUCAAUUACCUUUAUUUUUUUAUUCCAGGGUGGAAACAAGCUUCCAUAGAUGUGACUAUUUAGCUCAUGUCAUUUUUCUUUUGAUUAGAUUUGGGUUUUUUUGACAAUUUGAGUCAUUUCUCGUUUUUGUCUCUGUAAUGCAGCCUUGAUGGCUUUUACAUGCAGUCAACCACUUUGUGAUGGUGAAAUUCAGAUACUUCGUUGCCUGGUGUCAUUGCUUGAAGAACGCUGAUAGUACUUGUAUGUGUGCUCUGAUGCUCUCCAGUGGUUUCAUUGAUUUAAACAAAUGUAAUUUUUCCUUUUAAAUGUUCCCACACUGAGAUGUUUAUUUUUCUCUUUUACUGGAUCUGAAAGAGAAGGAAGGGAAAAGCAAUCAGAGAAACCGCAUAUAUUCAGUGAAGUCUUUAUGGGAGGCACAUGGUCAAGGCCGACCUCGGUGAAAAACGCAGUAUUUUUGUCCUGUGUGAGAGGGGUACACACACUGCCUGGGGCUUUUUGUACAAAAAGAGGCACAUUGACAAAAUUCAUAAUAAAAUGUCUUUUUCCAAAAA